GAACCCUAGCGGUAACUUUUCCCGGGGCGAGUCUCGCAUCUUGGUCACGCCGGCGGAAGUGGCGGCCAAAGUGACGGAUGUCGUCGCCCAGAGAGAGAGGAAGAGAGAGCAAGAGAGUAAUGGCGUUCGCGGCGGGCACACAUUCUCGCGGUUCGUCUGUUACACGCUGUUAGCUGGCUACCGAGAGAAACCAGCUUGGCUCCGGCUCUUGGCUCCGCUGAAUCGUCCCGCUUCACCGAGAGCCCUCCCUCUCUCCGCGGAUCCGGGGUCGAGCACGCAUAACGGUUCGCGAGCGACGCCCGAGAAGCCGUCUCGGAGGCGGAAGGUUUCGCGGAAGCGGCGAACUGGUGGUUGUGUACGUUCUCGUUCCGCGUCGCGUCAACAGGAGGAACUUCUCGUCCCGGUUACAGCGACUCAUCCCGAUUACAUAGAGUCUCGAUGAGGAACUGAGAGUCUUCGGAAUUUCACGUUGUCUCGCGUGCAUCUUCGUCAUUUGUAUACUUUCAUCGGUCCAACGUGUUUUGUGGAGCAGUGACGUGCUGUAUUGCAAGGAUGGAUUUACUUACUUUAAUGUCGUAAUGUUAUUACAGGCAUAAAACAUGCCUGAUCCUUGUUGUUUAUACAAGUUGGACGAAGUUUAAUUGAAAUUAUUCUGUACCUGCGUAAGUACAUCUUCUCAUCAUGGCUGCAAAUGCUCAAUUUGCAAAUCCGCCACCUGCUGUAAGCUUACCUAAUAUGUCUGUGCCACCGCCUACAACUCCAAACUUAUCGGCACCACCGCCGAACUUAACUACAAUAAAUACGUCUGGUAGCUAUCAGCACCGUUAUCCGAAUCACAGAGAAGGCAGUCGAGGUUUCUUCAAACCAUUCAGACCUUAUCAUGCCCCAAAAGUCAUUGCUGGGGGACAAGAUACUCUGCAGGAUGAGUUUGAUGGAAAAAGACUCAGGAAAUCUGUUAUGCGAAAGACUGUCGAUUACAACUCUUCCAUCAUCAAAACCUUAGAACAUCGCGUAUGGCAGCGAGAUUAUAGGGAUCGUCGUGCACUGCAGCCAGAUGUAAUAUACUAUCCUGAUUUACUCCCUCCACCAAGUUAUAUGGACAACCCAAUAAACGCAGUUACCACGAGGUUCGUAAAAACGGCUACCAAUAAAAUGCGUUGUCCAAUUUUUUGUAUGGCCUGGACACCAGAGGGUAGACGUCUUGUCACUGGUGCUUCGAGUGGAGAAUUCACAUUGUGGAACGGCCUUACUUUCAAUUUUGAAACUAUUCUACAGGCACACGACAGCCCUGUUAGGACAAUGGUAUGGUCGCACAAUGAGAGCUGGAUGGUAACGGGGGACCAUGCAGGCUACGUGAAAUAUUGGCAGAGCAACAUGAACAACGUCAAGAUGUUUCAAGCACACAAAGAAGCGAUUAGAGGACUCAGUUUCAGUCCAACGGAUCACAAACUGGCGACCUGCAGCGAUGACGGAACUGUCAGAGUUUGGGAUUUUCUUCGCUGUCAUGAGGAACGGAUUCUCAGAGGUCAUGGUGCGGAUGUUAAAUGCGUCCACUGGCAUCCGCAAAAGAGUCUAGUCAUUUCUGGUAGUAAAGAUAAUCAGCAACCGGUAAAACUGUGGGAUCCGAAGACAGGACAAUCUCUGGCGACUCUACAUGCACACAAGUCGACUGUAAUGGACGUAAAGUGGAACGAAAAUGGUAACUGGUUGGUCACCGCGUCCAGAGACCAUCUUUUAAAAUUGUUUGAUUUGAGAAAUCUUAACCAAGAGGUUCAGACGUUCCGUGGCCAUAAGAAGGAAGCAUCUAGCGUGGCUUGGCAUCCAAGCCACGAGGGUCUCUUUUGUAGUGGUGGUAGUGAUGGUGCUAUACUCUUCUGGCACGUGGGAGCGGAUAAAGAAGUAGGAGCGAUAGAACAAGCGCAUGAUAGCAUAGUAUGGACCUUGGCUUGGCAUCCGCUGGGACAUAUCCUGUGUUCCGGUAGUAAUGAUCACACAUCCAAGUUCUGGACGCGCAACAGACCGGGAGACCUGAUGAGAGACAAAUAUAAUCUCAAUACGUUACCGGCAGGAUCCGCUGGCAUUGACGAUCACGAAAUCGCCGAUGAAGCGGCAGUGAUACCUGGUAUGGGACCGGAAGACAGAAUCAACGCGGACAGUGAAUCCGAGGACAAGAGCGGCGGAAUUCCGGGUCUAGAUUUGGAUCAUGCCGUGGAUGAGGGCAAGAAGUUUGCCAACAAAAAAGUUCCAUAUAGCAAACCAAUACCGCGGAACUUUCAAGCUCAGUGGAAUGAAAUGGAGGCUGAGGAUAUGGAGCAGGUCGAAGCGCUUAACGCGUUUGUUAAUCAAUUAAUAGAAACUACACCAGGUGCUGUGCCAUUGAAUGAAGUCACGCCCAAUGCCAUUAUACUCUAUGGAAAAAUGAUUCCUGUGGAAGCCGAUUCAAAACUGGCGGAGGCGAUUAGUAAAGGAACCGAAGCCAUAAACAAAUUAGUAUUUUCCGGUGAGAUAGAGGAAUUACGAGACGUGGUGGGUCCACCGGAUAACGUGGACGAGUCCGAAGAGUACCUGCAAGACGAUGGCGAGAUCGAUUAUUCCAAAGUACCAGACAUAGAUUUACCUCCACCUUUACCGAGCUCAAAGUUCGCGCAGAAUCCCGAACUGUUGAAGACGCUGAAUCGCGGUGGCAAACGUAAGUUCGAUCAGUUGAUCGGUUGGAGCGACGGCGGAGCUAGUGAUCGUACGUCCAAGAUCCAUCAACCUGUCUUCGGCGGUAUUCCGAUUACGGAGGAUUCGCAAUCCAGCGAUACGGAUUUAAGAUUCGGCAAAUCCAACUCCGCAGAGACCAACUCCUUCCAGGAUGAAGAUCACAGGAGAAGCGGUCCGCAUGGAGAUUCGAGGAGUAGCAGUCGCGGCGACGAGGAUCUGAGAUUCGGCAGACCUAGUUCGCGUAACGAGUACGAAUUGUCGCGCGGCAACAGUUUCGCGGAUAAGGAUUUCCGCAACAUGGGUUUCCCGCCUAAGAAGCUGCUGGAUAUGGACGAUAUGUACGACGAGCGGGAUCGUGACGGCGGACGUUGGAACGAUGACGAGAAAAACAUUGGUGAUGGCUCACGCAAACCGGAUAACACUUACGGCGGUUUCGGCGACAAACGCGAUAACGGCAUGGCGACGUUAGGCCCGGGUAGCAUCGGCAACAACAUUCAUGGCCACAUGGCUGGUAUGCCACAUCUGCAGGCGAAUCAUCACAACAUGCAGAAUAUCAAUCCCAACAUGCCCCCGCCGAUGCCGAAUUUGGUACCGCAUCCUGGAAUGGCGCAGCAUCCUGGGAUGCAAGGUAAACCGCCGCAUCCCGGUUUAGAUGGUCCGAUACCGCCGCAUAUGAUGCCUCAUCAUCCAAGCAUGCACCAUCCGGGCUUCGGUCCCAACGGACCGCCACCGCCCGGCGGCUUUGGGCCCAACUUCCGACCGCCGCCAAACGGUAAUUUUGGACCGAAUCACUUCAGGCCGAGUCCGAUGCCACCAUUCGGCCCGAAUCAUCAAGGUCCACCGCCACCAUUCGGCAACAAUUUUCAGGGACCGCCUAACGCCUUCCGUGGACCUAACGCUGGUCCGAUGAACUUUGAUCGGCCGAGCUUCGGACCCAACUUUCGUGGCCAGAAUCCGCAGGCUCAGUUGAACAAUUUCAACUCGAAUUUUGGCAACUUCGGCAAGAACGGGCCUAAUCGCGGCAUGAAUCGCGGUGGGGAUAACAUGGGUAGGAACAACUAUAGUAAUCGCGGUAGAGGACGCGACAAUGAUCAAUCGAGAGCAGGAAGAGGAAGAGACAAUUAUUAAAAAGUUCGAAACAAUUAUAUGGGUGGCACAUAAGUGAUAUAUUAAAUGAACUGCAUUCAUCAUAACUAGACGUCAAUGGUGAUUUAUUAGUCAGUAUAUAAAAUACAUGUCGUGUUGACAGCCGGCGUCUGAGCAACAACAUGCGAAUUCUUGUAUUCGUGUGUGUGAAUAAAACAUUUUGAGUGUGUAUAUAUAUACAUAUACACAU